GAGAAAAGAUGCUUUGAUUGCUGCGGAUUCACCCCCAUGCUGCUUCUGUGACCUCCGCCCCAUGCGCCCUCCACCCAUCCAUGGAUCUGGAAGAAGCCUCGUUGUUGACGUGGGUCAUCUCGCUUUUACCUGCUUGGGUGUGUGUGCGCGCGUGACUGUUGCAUCAUGAAAAGACCUGCCUACCUCUGUCAGAUUUGUCCCCCAACCCCAAAUUUGGGCAGUCCUGAUGGUUAGGAGGAAUUUGGCAGCAGAUCAAGGGGAUCUCUCAAACCCUGUUAGGAAUCUGAGCUGCAGCACGGAUUGAAGAUGGAAAGACGAGACUUGGCUGCCCCCAAAGCAGGGAGAGCCCCCCAAAACAUCCAGGCUGUGACCUGUGGGGAAUCAUGGGAAAAGACAGCACAGAAGAUCCUGGGUGAGGACAACCUCAGUUCACUUGUCCAGUGCCAACGUUUCAGGUGGUUUGGCUAUCAGGAGGCUGAGGGUCCCCGAGAGGUCUGCAGCCGACUCCACCGUCUUUGCCAUCAGUGGCUGAAGCCAGAGCAGCACACCAAGAAACAGAUCCUGGACCUGGUGAUCCUGGAGCAAUUGUUGGCUGUCCUCCCACCAGAGAUGGCGACCUGGGUGAGGGAAUGUGGAGUGGAGACCAGUUCCCAGGCGGUGGCCCUGGCUGAAGGUUUCCUCCUGAGUCAGGCAGAGGAGAAGAAGGAGGAGGAGGAAGAGGGCCUGUCAGCGGAAGUGGCUACUGGGUUACCUCAGGCAGAGGAGGCUCUAUUGGACGCUAGGCCGGGGCUGCUGUACAGGUGGAUCAUGCAGGAGGGCGAGGGAGAGGCUACCUUGCUGGGCGGUGGAAAGUCGCUGGAAACACUCUCUAAGGCAUCUCCCCUUGGUGGCGGCGCGGAACCAGCUUCUUGGCAGCCAGAUAAGGGUCUGGUGACCUUCGAGGAUGUGGCUGUGUGUUUCACUGAGGAAGAGUGGACUCUGCUGGAUCCAGGCCAGAGAGCCCUGCAGUGGGACGUCAUGGAUGAGAAUUAUGGGAAUCUGGCCUCUCUGGCAGAUGAUGCCUGGGCGAGCAGGAACAAGGAAGAGUUGCAUGAAGCAUCCUUUGAAAGAGUCAGGUGUGCAGAAUGGGAAGAGCAGAGAAGGACAACUGAAGCAAAACAGAGAGAGAGGAACAAAACUUUUGCAUCUGAAGGUACUGAUUUCCCUGAAACAACCACUCGAGAGAAAAUAAGCGAGGGGGAAACAUCUGCUGCUUCUUUGGAGGCCGGCUUUGAUGAGACUGAAAUCCAAGAAGGGAGAAACGAGGGUAAGAAAAAGAUUAAGUGUGAUGUGUGUGGGAAAAGCAUUAGUAAAUCCCACCUUAAUGAACAUAAACGAACUCACACAGGGGAGAAACCAUAUAAAUGCUCAGUCUGUGGAAAGAGCUUCAGUCGGCGGGAGCACCUUACAUCACAUCAAAGAACUCACACAGAGGAGAAACCGUAUACAUGCUUACAGUGUGGAAAAAAUUUCAAGCACAGGAAAAAUCUGACAUCCCAUCAAAGUAUACACAGUAGGGAAAAAGUAUGUGACUCUUCAGAGUGUGGAAAGUGUCUUGGCUCCAGCAAAAGCCUUGCUUUGCCCUACAGAAGCCACACACAGGUGAAACCAUUUGGAUGCUCUGAGUGUGGGAAGAGUUUCAGUCGGAGCACAGACCUUAGAUCACAUCAAAGAAUCCACACAGGGGAGAAGCCGUACACAUGUUCAUUGUGUGGAAAAAGCUUCACCCACAGCAGAAGCCUGAGUUCCCAUAAAGUAACACACACAGAAGAGAGACCGUUUAAGUGCUUAGAGUGUGGAAAGAGCUUCAGUCGGAACACCAGCCUUACCAUACAUCAGAGAAUUCACACAGGGGAGAAACCGUAUACGUGUUCAUUAUGUGGGAAGAGUUUCAGUCACAGAAGAAGCCAUGCUAUCCACCUAAAAGUGCAUGCAGGGGAGAAACCUUUUACCUGCUCAGACUGUGGGAAAAGCUUCAUAGGAAUUUCAUACCUCAAGACUCAUCAAAGAAUUCACACAGGGGAGAAACCGUACACAUGCUCAGCAUGUGGAAAGAGCUUCCGGUGGAGCACGCACUUUAAAGAACAUAAAAAAAUCCACACACAGGAGAAUCCUGUGAAUCCUAGAAAUGCCUGGAUUGUGGAAACAACUCCCAGUGGAGCACAGAUUGUCAUGUCAGGAGGAUAUGCUUCCAAGAGAGCUGGUGCACCUGUUGACAUUCUUCCUCUCACGAAGUUCCUAAAGCUGGAGGACCUAUCCCAGUACGGAACGCCCCCUCAUCCCCUCCUCCUCCGAUGGGAAGGCGCCCUUUCAUUUUGCAACACGGGCGGCGGCGGCGGCUUCCAGAGGGGGGAAAUCUGGUCACUUAUUUUGCUUGGAAGCAACUUCCCAUUUGGUGACUGGAAUAUUUUCACUUGGAAGGUCCCUGUUAAUCUUUUCAGGACUUGGUCCCUACACUCUGCAGAUCCAAACAUUUCAAGGAAGGAAUUGGCAGCAGAGCAAGGAGAUCUUUCAGGUUUUGCUGAGUGCUGUGCUAGAUUGCGGAUGGCAGAACAAGACGGCCCUGAACAAGGACAAAGCUGCCAUGUCGUUCAGGCUGGAAGCGGUGGGGAAUUCUGGGAGAGGAACGUGCAGAAGAUCCUGGAUGAAAAAGCCAUCAGUCUUGAUGUCCAGCGCUGGAGGUUCAGGCAGUUCCGCUACCAGGAGGCCGAGGGACCCCGAAAGGUUUGCAGCCAACUCCACGACCUCUGCUGUCGGUGGCUGAAGCCAGAGCAGCACACCAAAAGUCAAAUGCUGGACUUGGUGAUCCUGGAGCAGUUCCUGGCUGUCCUGCCCACGGAGAUGGAGAACUGGGUCAGAGAUUGUGGGCCGGAGACCAGUGCUGAGGCAGUGGCCCUGGCAGAAGAUUUUCUCCAGAGUGAGGCAGAGGACAAGAAGCAGGAAGAAGAACAGGGGCUGGGACAGUUCCUGGAGGCGGCCGAGACUUUCACCAGCAAAGAAGGGGCAUCGUUCCAAAAAGUCCAGAGGCAGCUCGAUAGGGAGUUUUGUCAAGAAAAGAAAGAGGACACGCAUUCAAUGGGUGAUGAUGGGCAGGAGGGUGAUGUUGAGGGGGACCCUCGAGAGGUGUUGGUGGAAAGUGACAAGUGUCCAGAGAUGCAUGAGAAAGCUGGAACUCACAAUUAUUCAGUCAGACAGGAGGGAAGCCAAACAGAGAAUUGGGGGGAUGAAUCCAGCGAUGAUCAUGACGGGGACUCCCAUAUAAUUCCAAUUCAAAAUGAAAGGAACAAUGGAAAGCGAGAGUACAAGUGCUCUGUAUGUGCAAGCACCUUCAGUAGUGAAUUAAACCUUAAGGGACAUCAGCGAACUCACACGGGGGAGAAGCCAUAUACAUGUUUGGAGUGUGGCAAGAGCUUCAACUGGAGCACAAAUCUUAUUAGACAUCAGAUAAUACAUAGAGGGGAGAAACCUUAUAAAUGCACAGAGUGUUGGAAGAGUUUCAAUUGGAGUACACACCUUAUAAGACAUCAAAGAAUUCACACAGGGGAGAAACCAUAUAUAUGCCUGGAGUGUGGGAAAAGCUUCAGUUCGAGCACAAGCCUCGCAUACCAUCAAAAAACCCACACAGGGGAGAAGCCAUACAAAUGCUCAGACUGUAGCAUGAGCUUUUGUGUUAAAUCAAGCCUUAUGAGACAUCAGAGAACCCACACAGGAGAGAAGCCAUAUAAUUGCUUUGAUUGUGGAAUGAACUUCACAGCCAAGUCGGAUCUAACUUUGCAUCAAAGAGUCCACACAGGGGAGAAACCAUAUAAAUGCUCAGAGUGUGGAAAGAAAUUUGGUCGGAGAAUAAACCUUACUUCACAUCAAAGAACUCACACAGGGGAGAGACCAUACAAAUGCUCAGAUUGUGGGAAAAGCUUUCGUAAUACAUCACACCUUCUUAGACAUAGGAGGAUCCACACGGGAGAGAAGCCGUAUAAAUGCCUGGCAUGUGGGAAGCUGUUCAGUCGGUGUGAGCAGCUUGCUUCCCACCAAAGAAUUCAUGUAGGGGAGAAUCCAUAAAAGUGCAUGGAAAGAAGUUCAGUCAAAAUGCCACCCUUACUUCACAUCAGAGAAGUGUGCUCACUUUACAAUAAACAAUAUAAAUCCAGGAAAAGGAGCUAUAUUAAUUUCCUGUUAACAGAAUGACUAUCAGAGCCCUGUGGCACUAUAUAGAAAGAUGGAUUUAUCCGUGGCAAGAUUUUUUAUGGGAUGUAUUUGAUGAAGGAGACUCUUUAGACAGCAUUGUUUAAUCUAACCACUGGAACUCCUCGUCCAGCCGUUUGUUUUGUUAAAGUGGCAAAGAGCAAUAAUAGUGGCCACUGGCCUCCAUCCUCAUGCUGAAACCUCAGUUAAAAGGCGCACAAACCUCAGAAAAUCAACAUGUUUAUUAUGUGCUAUUGCUCCAUUGGUACCCAUGAAUAUGUACCUAGCUGGAUCCCAACAGGAAGGUGUCUGUGUAUUAACCCCAGGCUUGUUCAUUAUACAGCACUCCAUGGACCUGGUGCCUUUCAUCAGGGAUGGAGAACAUCUGUGGUUCUCCAGAUGCUGUUGGACUCCAGCUCCCAGCAGCCCCAGCAGCCAGCAUGGCCAACAGUCAAGGAUGAUGGGAGCUGUAGUCCAUCAACAUCUGAGGGCCACAAAUUCUCUGUCCCUGCCUUAUAGAGUUAUAUAAACAACCAGAGACCUGUCCCUGCCUUUCAAGGAGCUAACAAUCUGAAAGAGACAACAGGGGCCAUAGAGAGAGGGAUGAAUGUGUAAUUUUAAGAAAGACCCUGGCCCAGGAUAUGUAAACACCAGUUCUGGAGAAGCAGGUAGCAUCCUCUGUCUUUUGCUGUUGCAAAGAAGUUGCCACAGUGGCUACUCUAGUGACUACGACUAGAGCCUGGGAGGCCAGGGGUCAAAUCCUCACUCAGCCAUGAAGCCCAUUGGGUGACUUUUGGCCAGUCACCAUCUCUCAGCCUAAACCUACCUCACAGGGUUGUUGCAAGGAUAAAAUCGGGGAAAGGGAGGACCACGUACGCCACCUCGAGCUCCUUAGAGGAAGGGUGGGACGGAAAUGUGAUAAUAAAUAAAUAAAUUUUGCAGCUCAGGUGAUUAUGGAGAGACAGCACCAGACUGCUGCCUGCUAUAAAGCUGUCGGAUCGGCUGUUGUCCUGCUUUGGAAGCCGAUUGCUGAG